AUGGCACCACUCACGGAGUGCAUGAAGGGCAACAAGUUCAUUUGGACCAAUGAAGUCGAGGCCACAUUCCGUCUGAUGAAAGAGCGGCUGACCACUGCCCCUAUCCUGGCACUGCCUGACUUCAACCACACGUUUGAGUUACACAUCGACACCUCUAAGUUGUCCGGGGUCCAGUUGAACUACAACACCUACGACGUUGAAUUCUAUGCUGUGCUGCAGCAUAAAGCAGGGGUCUCUAACCGUGUUGCGAACGCACUCAGUAGGCGAAGCAACCUUCUAGUCACAUUACAAGUCGAGGUACCUGGUUUUGACUUUUUUCGUGAUUUGUUUGUGACUGACCCAUAUUUCUCGGAGAUCCUCCUAAAUGUACAGGCUGCAAAGCGGAUAGAUUUCAGGAUGGUUUCUUGUUCUGGGGAAACCAACACUGGCAUGCGUAAGGAUGUUGAAAAGUUUGUUCAACGAUGCCGGAUAUGCAGAUCUCCAAAGGAGGCGCAGCCAAUGCUGGCCUCUAUAUGCCAUUGCCAGUACUUUCUCAGUCAUGGACGGGCAUUAGUAUAG